UUUUUUUUUUCUCUCCACACUGGAAAAGGAGCCACUCACGCAACCUCCCGCUCUCUCUGCCAUUCGUUUCUCUCUCAGUCUCACCUUCUUCCAUCUCUUCCAUAACCCCAACCAAUCGCGAAUUACUCAUUAGCCGCAAUUUCUGUGUCCAGAUUAACUCUUGCUUUCGGAGAUGGCCAUUUUGGCGAUAUCGCCGUCUUCGACGACGCCUAUCGUGAGGCUUCGGUCGGGCAUGGCAGCCAAGACAGCGUCGAAGAAGAUGAAACAGAGACGAGUGCCGGCAAUUGGUAAUUUCGGACAUUUUGGUGACGUGGUGCGUAAAGAUAUGGAGUUCUUGAAGAAGAAAAUUAGUAAAGGAAUCGAGUGGGCAAAUGAGGCGCUUCAUAUUCCUCAAGUUGCGAAGACAGUAGACGACGUAAUUUGGCUUCGUAAUCUCGAGGACCCGCUCUCUCCUAUGGAGCCUCAGUCGUUGCCCCAACCUUCCUAUCCAGAACUCUCUGGUGUGGAUUUGUUUAUGGCUGAUCUCAAAGCUUUAGAGGCCUAUGCUAGCUAUUUGUACUAUCUGUCCAAGAUUUGGUCGAAGCCACUUCCUGAAGUCUAUGAUCCAGAAGACGUUGCUGCCUAUUUCAGCUGCAGGCCUCAUGUUGUGGGCCUUCGACUUCUGGAGGUGUUCUCCUCCUUUGCAUUUGCUGCGGUUAGAAUUCGAAUGUCGGGGAUCAAAAAGUUUCUAAGAUCGGAUUCAAAUAAGGAUACUAACAGGAAUAUUUCACAAUAUGAGUUUGGGAUGGUAUUGAAAGAAACAAUGCUAAACUUGGGUCCUACUUUUGUCAAAGUUGGUCAGUCGCUUUCCACGAGGCCAGAUAUCAUUGGUACUGAAAUUACCAAGGCACUCUCUGAGCUGAAUGAGCAAAUCCCUCCUUUUCCAAGGUCUAUUGCUAUGAAAAUUAUUGAGGAGGAAUUAGGUUCUCCCAUAAAAUCAUUUUUUAGCUACAUGUCUGAAGAGCCCGUAGCAGCAGCCUCAUUUGGUCAGGUUUAUCGUGGACGUACGGUUGAUGGUUUUAAUGUUGCUGUGAAAGUUCAGCGCCCUAAUUUGCUUCAUGUGGUAGUGCGAGAUAUUUACAUUCUCCGGCUUGGGCUUGGGGUGCUGCAAAAGAUAGCGAAGAGGAAAAGUGACCUUCGAUUGUAUGCUGACGAGCUUGGAAAAGGUUUAGUUGGGGAGCUAGAUUAUAUUUUAGAGGCUGCCAAUGCUUCCCAAUAUCUGGAAGCUCAUUCCCGCUUUCCUUUUAUUUAUGUUCCAAAAGUAUUUGAAAAUUUAAGUCGAAAGAGGGUUCUGACAAUGGAAUGGAUAGUUGGUGAGAGCCCCACUGAUUUACUCGCCAUAACUGCUGGUAACUCUGUUAAUCAACUUUCCACAUAUUCAGACAGGCAGAAAAUUGAUGCCAAAAGACGCCUUCUUGAUUUGGUUAACAAGGGAGUGGAGGCAACACUCAUUCAACUUCUUGAAACAGGCAUAUUACAUGCUGAUCCACAUCCUGGGAACUUGCGGUAUACAUCAUCAGGACAGAUAGGGUUUCUAGACUUUGGUUUGCUUUGUCGAAUGGAAAAGAAGCAUCAGCAUGCUAUGCUAGCAUCAAUUGUGCACAUUGUAAAUGGUGAUUGGGCAUCUCUUGUUCAUUCUCUGACCGAAAUGGAUGUUGUAAGGCCAGGAACAAAUACUCGCCUUGUUACCAUGGAUCUGGAGGUUGCCUUGGGAGAGGUAGAAUUUAAAGAUGGAAUUCCUGAUGUCAAGUUCAGCAGGGUUCUGGCAAAAAUAUGGUCUGUAGCUUUGAAGUAUCAUUUCCGUAUGCCACCGUACUAUACACUUUUACUACGUUCUCUUGCUUCUUUUGAAGGUUUGGCUGUAGCGGCAGAUAAAAAUUUUAAGACAUUUGAUGCUGCAUACCCUUAUGUUGUUGAGAAACUUCUAACUGAAAAUUCAGCUGCAACAAGAAAAAUUUUAUAUUCGGUAGUUUUGAACAAAAGAAAAGAAUUCCAAUGGCAGAAAGUCGCCCUAUUCCUGAGAAUAGGUGCAACUAGGAAGGGCUUGCAGCGACUGACAACAGUAAACAGUGCAACCUCUGAUGGUUACUUACUGAACAAGGCGAAUGGUGGUGCUAUUAACGUUGCAAAUUUGGUCUUGAAGCUUUUACCGUCUAAGGAAGGUGUUGUUCUCAGAAGACUCUUAAUGACUGCGGACGGAAGUUCAUUGAUCCGAGCGAUGGUAUCCAGAGAAGCACAUUUCUUUCGCCAGCAACUUUCUGGAGUCAUUGCAAAUAUAUUGUACCAGUGGCUGUUUAGUGCUUUAGGACAGGGCAUUACACCAACUCAGUACAGUUCCAACGUAAGACUGUCAGGUGGGCCAGGAAAUCAACAGCUAGGUUCAUCUUAUGGAUUAACCACCCCAUUUUAUGAUUAUCAAUCCUUCUUGAAGGAUAGACGGCUCAAGGUGAUCUUUUCCAAGGUGAUAGACUCAGCCAGGAGAGAUCCAAUGUUGAUGCUGAAGUUUUGCUGGACUUCCUUUGUGAUGUUCAUCACAGCUUCAGCUUUGGCUUUUCAUCGGCUUUUGGUGUCUUUAUCUGAGACUUACCUGGGUUCUAUGCCUUUUACUUCGAAGCGAUAUGCAAUCAGUGCAUGAAAUUCUUAAUCUGACCGUGGAUUGUGCGUCUUAUUCGAUCUGAAUGCAAGCAUUUUCCAGGAAACUAAUUAUAGGAAUUACAACUAACAUACAAACAGAUAUGUCUUACCUGAGUUGGAUUAUAGGUUUUUUGGGCAUUUGGUAUCUGCACUAGCAAUCUGUUAUUCGGCUUUCUAGUUUCGAAAGGCACAAGUGCAAGGGAUAGGUAAUACUGGCACUGAAUAUGAGCUUCCUCACCGAGUAUACUGUUGCCUAAGAUUGCGGAAGUCCAUGCUUUGUCAUAUACAACCAGCACUAUUCAUGCUCUGCAGCCGGUAAGAUAUCUACACAUGGUCUUUUCUUGAAUUUUCAAGCUGAUAUGUUGAAACUGAACAUUGAUUUUCAGGUUAACACAGGUAGAGUAUACUUUAUUACUAAUCCUGAAUGUAACUAGUCAAGGAAUUUAUGUCGUUACACCAUAUGUUAAUAAUCAAAUAUUUCUUUGUAGAAAAAGAAAAUGUAAAAUAAUUUAUUCUUCUUCCAUUUGAAACUCUGCUGUUUCUUUGAAGACCUGGAUGAUUUGUGUGGUUAACAGAAUUACGGAGCAAUAGGUAUUAUAUUUACUUUA